CAUUAGGGUUAACAGCCUCAGUUGGCAGCCUGCCGUGCUAUACAAGGCAGUAUUCUACUUUAAGGACUAGUAUUUACUCUAUCUCUAUAUUCAUUCCCAUCUAGUGCUUGGGCAAUGUUCUCCGUCCCCACAUUUUAUUGUCUUAUUGUCCAGGGGGAGGUACUGCCCCCUCCCUUGUGCUUUCCUUCCUACCAUUGUAUCUUUCGUUUCAUGGUGCUCCCUACACAUGUACUAAUAGUUGUAUAAUCACACACUGCCCUGCCUGGGGGUUGGGAUGGCAUGUUUCUCCCUUCUCCCUUGUUGUUUACCUGCAACAAUAAACUAUCAAUCAAUCAAUCAAUCAGGUUGUGCCGAUAUGAAGGCUGACUCUCCAACGGGUCACUGUACAGCAAGAGCAAGAGCAAACACGCUGCUGCUGACUCCUGUUUCUUCUGCUGCCCCUGCUGACUCUUUACUGCCGGUGCUGACUCCUGCUGCUGCUGGUGCUGCUGCUGCUGGUGGUGCUGGUGCUGGUGCCGCCGUCAGAGUCAGCACUCCACACAGCAGCCUCCGUCCAGUGGUGACCCCAAGACUCCGUGCCCGGGGCGAGCCCCGCCGGUGCUGUGCAGACGUGAGAGUCUGAGGCGGUGCUGUGCUCAGCGCUCCCUGCGUCUUUGCUGCUGCUGAUCUCUGUUGCAGUGGAGGCUGCAAGGUAGGGCACCAGCCUGAGUGCCCGGGACCAGCAGGAACAGACUGUCUGUGGUGUGAGGAUCAGGGGUGACCAGGAGAGCCUCACCACCACCACCACCACCACCACCACCUUGCUGCUGGCAUCUCCAGCCAUAAAGGAAAGGAAAAGUUUGAGUGCAAGAAGACUUGAGAGUGAGAGCAGGUCCACUAGACACAGCCUUCCACACACUGGUGAAGGAAACCAUGAGUGCCAAGAGUGUGGGAAAAGACUCCCUGGGAAGGGUGACCUCACCAAGUACACCCACACACUCUGGUGAAAGACCUCAUGAAUGCCGUAAGUGUGGGAAAACGUUCAAUCAGAAGAGUAACCUCAACAGACACACCCUUACACACACUGGUGAAAGACCUCAUGAAUGCCGUGAGUGUGGCAAAAAGUUCAGUCAGAAGAGUAACCUCAACACACACACCCUUACACACACUGGUGAAAGACCUCAUGAAUGCCAUGAUUGUGACAAAACGUUCAGCAGUAAGAGUGACCUCAAGAAACACACCCUUACACACACUGGUGAAAGACCUCAUGAAUGCCGUGAGUGUGGCAAAAAGUUCAAUCAGAGGAGUAACCUCAACACACACACCCUUACACACACUGGUGAAAGACCUCAUGAAUGCCAUGAUUGUGACAAAAAGUUCAGUAGGAAGAGUGACCUCGAGAAACACACCCUUACACACACUGGUGAAAGACCUCAUGAAUGCCAUGAGUGUGGCAAAAAGUUCCAUCAGAAGAGUCACCUCAAGAAUCACACCCUUACACACACUGGUGAAAGUCCUCAUGAAUGCAGUGAGUGUGGCAAAAAGUUCAGUGAUAAGAGUAACCUCAACACACACACCCUUAUACACACUGGUGAAAGACCUCAUGAAUGUCAUGAGUGUGGCAAAAAGUUCAAUCAGAAGAGUACCCUCAACACACACACCCUUAGACACAGUGGUGAAAGACCUCAUGAAUGCCAAGAGUGUGGCAAGAGGUUCAUUUCUAUGUCUGUGUUGAACAAGCACAUCUUCAGACACUCUGGCCUGAGAGAGUUCAAGUGUGAUGUUUGUAAGAAACAUUUCAAGACCAAGCAGGAUAUUGCCCAGCACAUGAAGAUUCACUUCCCCUGAGGUGCCGUGUUGUGCUGCUCGAUGUGUUAUGCAUGUGUGUGUGUGUGUGUGUGUGUGUGUGUGUGUGUGUGUGUGUGUGUGUGUGUGAAGAAUAGAAGAAUAGAAUAGAAUGCAUUUAUUGCUCAGACUUUUACAAUAAAAGAAUGGAGCACAGCCCCUGUGUAACCAGUUAUAUCAUCAACUCUUUAUCUAAAAUGCCUCAGAACUAAUUUAAUAAAAUGAGCCAAAUUGCUUAGCAUGUGCACAUUCAUCCCCUAUUUGUUCACCAUUACAUUUAUCACAAUACCAUUCUUCUCUUCUGAUAUCACGGUACCUGCCACUGACAACUGGUAAUUGGUUAUUUCCUGUGAGAAUCUUACUUAUAUUGAUACGGUUUGUUUUACUUAGUUUAACAAGGUAAUCCUCAAUCCCAUAAAUUUCUUUAUACAUACUGUAACUACUACAUUUGCCUUUUGUUGUUAUAUUCCUAUACCAAGUUGAUAUCCAUAAAUAUUUCAACCUCUGCUCAACGGUCUUCCUAAACAACUUAACAUUGUUGAUGGUUUGUGGCUGCCAUACGCCUGACAGACCACAUUCAAUACAUAUACGUUUUAUAUAGUCCAACCAUGGCAAUAUAAAAGUACCAGACAUACAUAAGUGCAAUAAACAUGUGUACAUAACAUAA